UUUACUAAGCAUAUCAAAUCAUUCUCACCUUCCUCUCAGAUCUAUUAUUUCCGCUCUCGUUCGAUCUCCGAAGCAAAAAUGUCUGGGCGCGGCAAGGGAGGCAAGGGGCUUGGAAAGGGAGGAGCCAAGCGUCAUCGCAAGGUGCUGCGCGAUAACAUCCAGGGCAUCACCAAGCCGGCCAUUCGCCGUCUUGCUCGUAGGGGUGGAGUGAAGCGUAUCAGCGGGCUGAUCUACGAGGAGACUCGCGGUGUUCUGAAGAUCUUCUUGGAGAACGUCAUCCGCGACGCCGUCACCUACACGGAGCACGCCCGCCGCAAGACGGUGACCGCGAUGGACGUGGUGUAUGCUCUGAAGAGGCAAGGAAGGACUCUCUACGGGUUCGGAGGCUAGAAGGAGAGGUAGUCGAUGGAGGAGAAUGGACGGCCGCUCGGACAAGUCUUGCUGUCUAGAAAAGAAAGAAUCAAGUGGUUUUUAGGUGGCGGAGAUGCUUUGUCUAGACUAGGGUUAUGCUUGUGUCUGCGUUUUUUGCUCCAUCUAUGUAAUUAGGGUUUUAGGGAUUUCGUGGUAGCAGUAAUCGAAUUGUGUAAUUGCUGCAUGCUUUGAAUUGCAAUUCUAUAACAAUUUCUUUUUUUGCUCAACUUGUUCAUGCAUCUGCGAAACGUGGGGUGUGCUUUGUUAAGCAGAUUUCAUUGAUGAUUUUGGUGUUAAUGUUUGUUUUCAAUGCGCAAUUUUCCUGUUGGAAAUGCUGGCUGUUUUUUGAUAGAAACCUAUUAUACUUGCUACUAGAGGGGUGAGGAGGGGGAAAUUAGCGUGGUCAGGAAAUUUAAACCUGGGACUCUAGAUUGAGAUUCAAUUAGUGGCACUAUCAAUCGAUCAUGGCCUUGUUGUUGGGUUGGAAAUGCUAGCUUGGCUAUGUGGCAAAUUGUUCAUUUUGUUGGCGCUGUCAGUAGGGUUGCUGCGGUGCUGAGUGGACUGCCGGUUGGAGAAGUCUUGCCGUAUAAGAUGGAAAAAGAAUGAAAUUGGAGAUCACUU